AUGCGCUCGGCUGGCACUUCAGCCGUUUCUCGAAACGAGCAUAUUGAAGGGGUCAGGUUUUUACGAUGGCUCAAAGGAUUUGUCAAGGUUAAUGGUCGCUUUUACAGACAACAACAAAUCAAUUCUAUCGAACCUAUCAAAUACAGCUCCAGGCGCUUGGUCUCAAAACAUCCUAUUUUCAUUCGAAGACUAACUCCACCAAGACGCCCCAAUCGUCCAGCCACUCUCAUUCUGGACUCACCUAUUUUCAACCAAGAAAAACUUAAAUACAAUCCACGGUUUUUCUUUCGCAAACUAAUCCCCCCUAUGCGCCCUAACCGUCCGUCCGGCUUUGCGCUUGACUUGGCUGAGAACGAUUCUCCUACCACUGACCUUCCGUUACUUCCAGCGAUGCCAAUUCUACCAAAGCGUACCAUCCUGCCCGCCUGUGAUCGACGUGUAACACCUAUUCCAAAUGAGUUCAAAUUGCAGCUUCCACCCUAUCCGCGCGAACUCCCGCCUUACGCUUUCCACCCUGCGUUUACACCUGGCCCUCCUCCAAAGCCUACAUGUAUCGAAGUCAAUGCGACCCCUAUUCGCGUAAAGUACAAGCCCAUUAGUGGUACAAUAAACAAGAUCUCAGCUAGAAGGGUCUCGACCGAAGUGGUAGUGCCACAUUCGGCAGCCAGUGCUGUAAAACCAGUGCCAAAAGAAAGUAAAGGUGAAGUUUUGAGCAGAGAUAUUGCCCUCAGACAUACAAAAAAGGUGGAAAAACCAAAUUGUGGUGAUAUUGUUAACAAACAAGUGAAGGAAACAAAGGAACAGGGUGUAGCUACCAGCGAGGAGCCAAAUGAUCAUAGUCUAACGACCAAGGAAGCUGAAGAAUCAAAUUAUAAGGAGCCAACCAACAAAUCUGACGAAUCCAAUGACCAGCAAUUAACCAAAGCUGAAGAAUCAAACUUUCAUGAGCUAACCAACAAAGUUGAGGAACCAAAUUACCAGGAGCUAACCAUCAAAGCUGAAGAAUCCAAUUACCAGGAACCAACCAAAGCUGAAGAAUCAAAGUUUCAGGAGCUAACCAACAAAACUGACGAACCAAAUUACCAGGAUCUAACUAUCCUCGCGCCUCACCUGCUGUUGGGUAUGGAUACCUUGUUGAAAGAUUCGGUCCACUUCAGCAAUAUGGAAAAAAGUAGAGAUGUUACGGGUGUUACAGUCGCAUGGCAGUUCGAAGUACCUGACAAUACUUGUUCAAAUGAGAUUUCUCAACUCGUGGAAGUACCAACUUUAUCACCGGGAAAAACACCUAUAUUUUUGGCGAAGUCGAGUUUCCAUGUUGAGUACAAACCGAUAUACAAGGCAUUCAAACAAAUUUUUCUGAUUUUAAUCGCAAUAGCGUUACCCAACUUUGUUCCAGCCUUCAUGUCAAUGUAUCGAGGUGAUCAACAGCUUUUAGUUUGCCAAGAACCCUUGGCAUGUGCUAGUUCAUUAGAGCUGGUUAAUGGGUUGUUGUCAAAUCCAGUUGAGAAGGAGUCCGUGGCAUCAGAAAUUUCUACAAUGACUAUAAUGCCAUACUCGCAAAGGGUGCAUGCUCUGCGUGAUGCUCCUCUCAAGAGUUUGCCUUCCAUACCGACAAAAACUCAAGCUAAUGAAACUAAGAACGUUCCGUUCUCUCAAUCUGUUAUAAGAUUCCUUCCUUUGGCACUAAUCGAAAGUAUUGGACUUGUUCAGGCCACCUUAAAAGUUGUAGCGACGCUUCUAGUUACGGGCAUCCUUGUAGCACUGCAGUAA